UCUCGAAGUUGGGGGUGGCGAGAGGGAGGCGAAAGAACAAGCUGUCAAGAGAAGGUGACACGGUGUUUAAGGGACAAACAACCUAUAGGGAAAAGGCUAUUCGAUUAAUCACGGUGGCCGACGUUGGAAAUGGAUGGAAUUUAUGGAUGGGAACAGCCCCCUUUGAACCAAGGUAAUCCCUUCAUUGAGAUCAUUGAACAGCCCAAGCAGAGGGGCAUGAGGUUCAGGUACAAGUGUGAGGGGCGCUCUGCGGGAAGCACCCCGGGAGAGAAGAGCAAUGACACCACCAAGACACACCCCGCCAUUAAGGUGCACAACUACAAUGGCCCCCUGCGUGUCCGCGUCUCCUUGGUGACCAAGAACCCACCUCACAAGCCCCACCCCCACGAACUGGUGGGGAAAGACUGCAAACAUGGUUACUAUGAGGCAGACCUGCAGGAGAGACGAGUGCACAGUUUUCAGAACCUGGGCAUUCAGUGUGUGAAGAAAAAGGAUGUGGCCGAGGCAGUUUCCUGUAGGCUGCAGACCCAAAACAACCCCUUCAACAUUCCUGAGGCAAACAUGUGGGAGGAGUUUGACCUAAAUGCAGUGAGGCUGUGUUUCCAGGCCUCGAUCACUCUGCCUACCGGGGAACUCUGCCCUCUGGAGCCCGUGGUGUCCCAGCCCAUCUACGACAACAGAGCACCCAACACAGCAGAACUGAAGAUCUGUCGAGUGAACAGAAACUCUGGAAGCUGCAUAGGGGGGGAUGAGAUCUUCUUACUUUGUGACAAAGUGCAAAAAGAGGACAUCGAGGUGCGGUUCUUCCAGGGCUCGUGGGAGGGGAAGGGCACCUUCUCCCAAGCGGACGUACACAGGCAGGUGGCCAUUGUGUUCUGCACCCCGCCCUACUGCGACACCAACCUGACCGAGCCAAUCCGAGUGAAGAUGCAGCUCCGCAGGCCCUCGGAUCGUGAGGUCAGCGAGCCAAUGGACUUCCAGUUCCUGCCCUCUGACCCAGAUGAAUAUAGACUGAUGGAGAAGAGAAAACGGACAGAGGGAAUGUUACAGAAUCUGAAGCUGGGGUCCCUGAUGUCGGGGACCAUGUCAGCAGAGACGAGGCCGUUCAACAUUGCCAGGAGAACAGUCACCGCCAAGCCAGCAGCUAGCCAGCCUGUGAUGAACCCAGUGGCGCCCCCUAGUGCCUUCUCUGUGAAGCCCCAGCCCUACUACAACGGCCCCCAGCCAGGCAAGUUGUUUCAAACCCAGCCCAAAGCAGAAGCCUCCUCCACCGCAGCCGAGACCUGGAAGUUCCUCAACAGCCUGACUCUGGACUCGCAGCCCAAAGCCACCCCCGUGGCCAGCUUCACCACCAACCCCCAGGCCUCUGCAGCCGCAGCCGCCUCCUCCCAGGCCUUUCCCACCGUAAACCUGUUGGACUUCAACGGAUUCGCUUUCCACAACUUUGCUUGUCCCCAGGAGCCGGUGAGUGCAGCCCCUACACCAGAGCCCACCUCUACCUUCGGGGUCCAAGGCUCCCAGUUCAAGGUGGAUGAGGAGCUACCCGAAUUCCCCAGCUUUUCUGAGGCACAAGCGCCAGGGACUCUAGAUAGUAUAAACAUUGAAGAAUUCCAGGCUAUGCUGGGCCAGAGUUGUCUGGCUGGAGAAGGGCCAAAGAGCAGUGAGGCGUCAGCCCCUCAGGAACCCUGCCACUUACCCUCCACCAACACUGUGGCCAACAACGCGGCCCAGAACCAAGCAGACCCAGCCAACCACCACACCGGCUGUGGCGGCAGCACCUGGAUGAACUACCCUAACAGCAUUGUCAGCCUGCUCCAGAACGAGGGCGUGAUGGAGAGUUCCCCCGGCAACGCCAGCCAGCCGGCCGCCCUUGACGACCUGGACGUCUUAAGCUCCAUGGACGAAGACCGUCUCAUGUCCAUCCUGAACAGUGGCAACCAAUACAGUUUUGUGCCUGGACAUCAGACCUAAGAGACAACUGUGUGAUUUGACUGACAUGUUUACUGACAUAAUCCCCCUGGUAGACUACUUUUAUCUGUGCCCUUGAGAUCCUGGGCCCGGUUGCAUAAAACAACUUAAGUUAAUUUCCCCCUUGUAUUUUCCUGUAACUUUAAGUCAGUUGCACAAGAUGUGUGAAUUUUCCCUGUUUUAAAUUAAGUACAAAAGUUAAGGGUGUCCACGAGGUCCCUUAACUGCCUCAUUAUGUAUGGUUAUCAAUGGAAACGACAUGUAUAGAGGUGAAUGUUGAUUUUCAUCUGCUCUGGUUACAAAAGGAAAACGUCAACCAGCUAGCUACUUAGCUAAACAAUGGAAGGUGCACGAUCCAUGGCUACAGAGCUAGCUGGCUAGUUAGCUCCAGCUACAGUGGGGCAAAAAAGUAUUUAGUCAGCCACCAAUUGUGCAAGUUCUCCCACUUAAAAAGAUGAGAGGCCUGUAUUUUCGUCAUAGGUACACUUCAACU